GAGACAAAGGCAAGGGACAUUCCUGAGAUUGGGAGGGGGAACAGCUACAUCAAUACAAGGAAGGCAUUUCAUUGGUGCAGAUAACAUAACACAGAGAUGCUAAAUGUUUGAAAUUUUUGGUUCAGUGGUCAUCAGUCCCUUAGUCAUGAUAACUGCUUUCUUAUUUUCUUUGCAAACAGUUCUUUGGGAAGCAAGGUUGCUGAGGCCUGGACCAGAAGUUAUUUUGCCCUGUUUUAACAUUCCAAAGAUUUGAGCAUAAGGCAGUCCCUCUAGGCUGGCAGCUCCGGCUCCAUUUUAACGUGGCUCCUUACAUGUUAUUGUUUACAGGGAGAUUCAGGCCUGCAAUUCCACUUACUAAAAUUCCCCUUCAGGUGUUGUUUCACUGAAUGCCUUCACAUUAGUGCCCUCAUUUUCAGUAGAGGAUAAGUUAUUACACCCCAUUCCACAAUUGGAAACUGAGGCAUAGAGAGGGAAGACAGCCUGUGCAGGAAACACAUGUUACAUAACUCAUUUAUUCUUCACAAUCAUGUUCUCAAAGUUCGGUCCGCGGACCAGCAACAUCCGCAUCACCUAAAAACGUGUUAGAAAUGCAAAUUCUGGGGCUCACUCCAGACCUGCUGAAUCAGAAACUCCGGAGUGGUGCCAAGUGAUCGGGGUUUCAGCAAGCUCUCCCGGGGAUUCUGGUGCACGCCGAAGUUUAUAAACCACUGCCUUACAAUAAAACUACAAAGUCACUAUAAUUAUCUCCAUUUUACAAACAGGGUAAUUCAGACACAGCAAAGGCAACUGGUCCAGCACUACGCAGCUGUAAUUGGGAUACCAGGAUUCUAAUCCAGGUAGUUUGCUUCCAGAAACGUGAUCUUGAAGGCCACCAAAUUAACAGAAUCAAAAGUGGGACCGUGCUAGGCGCUAGGACCCCGGGGACUCGCUCUCACCGUUGCUCUCUUAGAAGAAGGGAUGGGACUGGGGGGUCUCCGGGCAGAGAACUGCUCCUUACACCCAGAGAGAAGGGGUGAGGUGACGGGCUGGGGCGGUCCCUUUAAAAGACUGGGCCUGGUGAGCGGAACUGGGGAGCACAGUUGGAGGCGCGCCCGGAAGGCCGAAAACGCUGCACCGGAAGUACCUUAGGAGAGGGGAACAGCAUCGCCCAGGCCUCACAGUUAUGGGCCGCAACAAGAAGAAGAAGCGAGAUGGCGACAACCGACGGCCGCGGCUCGUCCUCAGCUUCGACGAGGAGAAACGGCGGGAGUACCUGACAGGUUUCCACAAGAGGAAGGUGGAGCGGAAGAAGGCAGCCAUAGAGGAGAUGAAGCAGCGCCUCAAGCGCGAACAGAAGAAGCUCCGGGAGGAGCGCCACCAGGAAUACUUGAAGAUGUUGGCAGAGAGAGAGGAGGCACUGGAGGAGGCCGAUGAACUGGACCGGCUGGUGACAGCAAAGACAGAGUCAGUGCAGUAUGACCACCCCAACCACACGGUCACCGUGACUACCAUCAGCGACCUGGACCUCUCUGGGGCCCGGCUGCUUGGACUGGCCCCACCUGAGCAAGGGGCCGGGCCUGGGUCUGAGGAGGAGGUGUCAUCCGUGGAGAAGCCGACCAGAGCCUUCCCCAGGAAGUCCAGGGACCCCCUGCUAUCCCAGCGGAUUUCCUCUCUCACGGCAUCGUUGCACGCGCACAGUCACAAAAAAGUCAAGAGGAAACACCUUCGACGGGCUCAGGACUCUACCAAGAAGCCCCCAAGUGCUACUCGUACCAGCAAGACCCAGCGCCGCCGGCUGACCGGCAAAGCACAGCACAGCGGAGAGUGAGCCCGAGAACCGGGCUGCGCCCCAGCCCGGGCUGCAAGGACUGGUCCUGUCUCCGCUGGGCUGUCCCCACAGCCCAGCCUGCAUGGAGGCCUGGGGCUUUCACCUCAGAAGCAGCAGGCAGCUGAGAACUAGCCUCCCUCGGGAGGAACCUGCGGGCCGAAUUCGGAGCAUCCUCCCAAAUACAUACCCCACUGGGCUUUCACCAG